AAUUUUUCUUAGUUCAUGGUUCAUAUUUUACAUAAGUGUUUAUUAUGGUUAUUAAAUAAUAGGUUUCUUUUUUGAUAAAUUGAAAUAAAUCACAUAAUUUGGAAGUUAAUUUAAUUUUUAAAAAAAAAUGGCAAACAUCCCAACGGGAUUGUUGUCACAUUCACAAAAAGUUUGCCGUCUUUAUAAAGCAAUUCUUCGAAAUAUUGAUGGUUAUUGCCAGACGAGAGUAGAAUUCAGAUAUCAUGCAGUGAUUAUUAGAUCAAAAUUUGAUGAAAAUAAAGACCUCCGUGAUUUGCGUAUAGCAAAACAAAAAAUUAUGGAAGGUGAAGAAUGGUUAUUUAAACAUCAACAUCCAAUUCCAAAGAAAUUUGCCGAAUCAAUAGGUGGUUGUGCUUAUGGACGUGAUGUAAUUCUACCCGAUUGGCUUCUUGAUUUUUGGGAUCCUUGGGAGAAAGCAUUUUAUCCAAAAUAUUUUGCAAAACGUGAAAAAAGGAAGAAAAAUUACGUUGAAUUUUAUAAAAAAACUUAUGGCGAACCAGAAAUGCCACAUCAUUAACAAAAAAAGGUAUAUUAUUAUUAUUAAAAAAAAAAGUGUAUUUUUCCUUUUUGAAGGAGAAAAAACUAGAAUUUGUUAUAGAAAAUAAAUAUAAAUAAUAAAAUAAAAUUGUAAACAUU